GCGGUCGCGUGCGCGUGUGGGCGCGCGCGCGCGUGUGUGCGUGACCGGCGCGGGCGCAUCACCUCGCCCGAGCAUUCCAUCAAAACGAGAACGCGGCUUGCCCCGAGCUCGGAGCCGCCAUCGCCAGCGCGUCCACACCCAACAAACAAUAUUGUGCGCUUCUAAAUUGUUCUAAUUGGGCAUGGCGGUCUCUAAACACGAAACGGUGACUUCAAUUACUGCGUUAUACAACUCGCGCGCUGCUGCUCUGUGAAGUGCUGCGACGCAGGCCGCCGUGUCGCCGUGUAGCUCCAAAACUAUUUAUUGUUUAGUUCGCUAGCUACUGUAUCACCAGUGUGAGUGUGUGUGUGAGUUAAGUGCUUCACAAAUAGUCUGCAGAGGGGGUUUAACGCAAUGAAAGCUAUUGUACCUUCGACGCUGUGUCCAGAUCAUGUACCAUUGUAAAGGUAUAACAUAAUUAGAUUAAAAUGGAUCCAAUAUUAGAAAAUGAAGCUUCAUCAUCGGAGACUCCCACCAAAUACGGGAAGUCGAAGCAUAAGAAUAAGAAGAAAAAGAGCCAAGAUGCGCAAUCCGGCAGUCAGACUGUGGUCGGGGAGAGGAGAAAAUUUGUGGUUACUAAGUUGCCAGUGGAGGCGAAGGAGGCGGCGGAGGCGGCGCACAACAACGCGCACACCGUGCACUUCGGCACGCGCGGGGCCGAGGCGCAGCGCCCGCACGCGCGCAGCCUGUUCGCGCGCCCCGAGCCCGCGCGCCCCGCCAGCGCCGAGCGCGAGCCCCUGCCCAAGGAGUACGAGACCUUCCACGGCACCUCCUCUAGUCCAAGAAGCUCUAUCUUUGAUAUGUUCCGAUUAAGAAGAAAGAGCGACGCCAAAAAACAUCAAUCGCUUAUCCAAAACGUUAAAGGUGCUUUAACUGGUGCGUCGAGAAGCACAGAAGCUCCUGAAGCUUCAAAAGAUGACCCGAGCUCCGAGGAAUCCGGAAAAUCCGAUAAAAAGUAUUACCACACAGUAACUGGAGCCUCCUCUCGCAAGUACAGUCCAAUUACGAGGGUGAUGGACAUCUUCAGGAGCAAACCUCACACGGAGGAUCAGAAACCUGCUGCAGAUCCAGUCAAGAAGAAGAGUGGUAAACAGCCACGACGCUCUUCAAUAGGGACUACGUCACCCACCUAUCAAAAGAAUUCAUACGCAUCUCUCGACCCCGUGCAGGCGAAGCAGUUGUUCCGAGAAGUGCGUGGUCUCCCAAAAUAUGACCCAUAUUUAUCAAUUGUCCAAAUAUCACUCGGAGGAAGGGAUAAAACUAGGUUGCUAUUGAACUUCUUCAAAUACCACAAGUGCUACGAGAUGUUGCCCAAAUCAGCAAAAGUUAUCAUAUUUGAUACCCAGUUCCUGGUGAGAAAAACUUUUCCCACUCUGAUCUCGCACGGUAUCCGGUCCGCUCCGCUGUGGGACUCGACGAAGAAGCAGCUGGUGGGCAUGAUCACGGUGACGGACUUCAUCCGGAUCCUGCUGCACCUGGAGGCGGCGGGCACGUCGGUGGACGAGCUGGAGCGGCACACGCUGCACGCGUGGAAGCGCCUGCUGCGGCCCUCGCGCAAGCCGCUGUGUGUGGUCGGCCCAGACCAGUCGCUGCACGAGGCCAUCAACUACCUCAACAAGCACCGCGUCCAUCGACUCCUCUUAGUCGACCCUGUAUGUGGCGAUGUACUCUACAUACUUUCCCACAAGCGAAUUUUGCGAUUCCUUUUUGUAUACCUGAACGAAUUCCCGGAGCUAACAUUUUUCCACAAGAAUCUUGUCGAAUUGAAGAUAGGAACGUAUGAUAAUAUUGUAUCUGUCACAGAAUCGACUAGUAUCAAAACUGCAUUUCAGUUAUUGUUGGAAAAAGAUAUAUCUGCUUUACCAAUUUUGGACGAAAACAAAAAACUUUUAGAUGUGUAUGCUAAAUAUGAAGUAUUAAAUUUAGUAAGUGAAAAGAUAUAUUCAGACUUAUCUGUGACUAUAGGUGAAGUAAGAAAUAAAAAGAAAGACUGGGAAGAAAAAUUGCAGAAAUGUCGUUCCAGUAUUACUUUAUACGAGGCCUUAGAAGUUAUUGUUAGAACUGAAAGUCAUCGAUUAUUAUUAGUUGAUAAGGAAGACAAACUAAUAGGCAUCGUUUCUCUCUCUGAUAUAUUAGUAUAUUUAAAUAGAAUUAUUCCAACGGAGAAAAAAGUUUCAUCACUUCAAGAAUUGUUCAAACCGCUUGAAGAAAAUAAAGUUACUGAAUCGGUAAAAGAAACUGAAAACGAAGAUAUUGUUUUAGAAGUUCCAGUAUUGAAUUCGACCUCAAAUGGUCCAAACAAAAUUAUAGCAGAAGUUUCAGAAGAAAAUGAAGAUGAGAAAGGAAACACGGGUGUCUUAGAAAGUGAUGGUACUGAGGUACAAAAUGACGUCACGGACUGCGCAGAAAUCGAGCAUGCUAGCAACAAUACAGAUUCUGAUAUUGAGUCUAGUUUAAAUAUCGAACCUAUUGAACUACAUAUUAGUGAAUAGUAACAUGUUUUAGGUAAAUAAAAAUUCCAAAGAUAAUGUGAUAAGUUAAUCAAUAUUAAUCUCUUUGUAUAGAAUGCUUGAUGCUUAAAAUAUUGUAAUAUAAUCUAAAAUUGCAUUAAUUAUCAAUGCAAAUGCAUACAAUACCACGUGAUUGCCUUACUCAUUAUUUAAUUCAUUAAUAAAGAUCGCUGAAACUCAAUAAAGUAUUUUAGCAUUUGUUGUUUUUAA